AUGUCAUCGCUAGCGGAGAACAAACGUAAGCGCGCUAAUAUUAAGCGCAACAUUUCGAGAAUCAAAGGAGUAGUCGAAAUUCCUGCCGACGGAACUGGCACCAGGUUGCCAAUUGCAGAGCUUCAAUGUCGACUUGGAAUUCUGGAGGCAUAUUUUAAACAAGCGCUGUCCGUUCAGUCCGACAUUGAGAAUGAAGAUCCAGACGACGAAGGCCGAGCUAACUUAGAAGACAGCUAUGUGAAGAUAAAGCUGUGUACUAAGAAUCAAUUGGGAGAACAUUUUCAUAACACAGUGGUUGAUGCUCAACCCUCCCCCACUGCAUUCGCAUCGUCCCGGCUUCCAAGACUGUCGUUGUCUAUUUUCGAUGGAAAUCGCGCGGAUUACAAAAACUAUAUCACAUCUUUCAACCAGAUUAUAGCACGUCAACAUAAUAUCUCAAACAUCGAAAAGUUCAAUCACUUGUUGAACUGUUUGAAGGGACCUGCGUUAGAGACAGUGCAGGCCUUCCAAGUUACAAGUGAAAAUUAUCAAAAGGCUAUAGAUCGUCUUAACGCACGGUUUGAUAAUCCCACGUUGACCAUUCUUGAAACGAUUGCUGCACUUUUCAAACUCCAGCCUGUUAAUAAACCAGAUGGUCAUCAAUUACGUAGCCUACUCGACAAGGCAACCGCAAUGUACAGCUCACUGUCAUCGCAAGGCUCCGGAUCAACUAUCGCACAGGCUAUGUUGAUUUAUAUUGUUAUGGAGAAGUGUGAUCAACAAACACGCAAUAAAUGGAACGAAGCACUGAAUUUGAAUUCAUUGCCCACCUGGGAACAAUGCUCGCAAGUACUCGAACGGCACUGCCAGUUCCUGCAAUCUAGUGUAACUACGAUGCACUUGAAGUCGGAACCUGCAAGGUUACUAUCUAACGCCAACCAAGGUCAACGCUUACAAUCAACGUUUGCCAUUUCUAAGGCGCACUGCGCUUUAUGUUCAAAUUCGGAACAUAAACUUGCAGAGCGCUCACAAUUUAAAGGUAUGAGUACCAACAACAGAUUUGAUUUCAUUAAAAAAUGUGGACUUUGUACUAAUUGUUUGGGUACUGGUCAUCGAAUGUCACAGUGCCCUUCGAAGCAUCGAUGUCGUAGUUGCAGCCGUUCGCACCAUACAUUGCUUCACAAUGAGAGACCACCGCCGUCCCAACAGCCAUCCAUAUCGAAUUCGUCGACAACGUCGUCAUCAUCGCAACCUGUCGCUGCCAUCACGCAUUCUCAUAGCAAUCUGUCGCAAACCAGCAAUGCCAUUUUAGCAACCGCCAUGAUUCUCGUGAAAGAUUCUUCGGGCAAGUACAAGGUAGGCAGAGCAUUGCUGGAUUCGUGUUCGCAGGUUAAUUUCAUAUCAGAAGAGUUUGCCCAGAAGCUUCGCCUUCGUCGAGACAAGCAACACGUUGAAAUUCGCAGUAUUGGCAACUCACGCACCAACAUCAACUUCUGCGCCACUACUGCUAUCAAAUCCCGAUUAACUACGUUUGAACUCUCGUUGCAAUUUUGUAUUACGCCACACAUUGCGUAUCAACCCGAUUGUGAAAUUGACACUUCGCAGUGGAAUUUACCAGCUAAUACUCCACUAGCUGACGAAUCGUUCAACAAAUCACGUGGUGUUGACCUUUUACUUGGUACGGAAACAUUUUUCGAUCUGCAAUCUGUUGGGCAAAUAAAGUUAGGGGCAAACCUUCCCACUCUUCAAAAAACAUUGCUCGGAUAG